UUUCCCUCGCUCCCCUUUUCUUUCUUUCGUUUCUCCCACGUUGCGGCGCCACCUCUCGCCCCGCCUCCCUUCGCUAGGGUUUCUCUGGGUUUUGGCUCCGCGCCGCCACGCGCCCCCGCCCGCCGGAUCGCCACCAUGGCCGCCGUCGCCCCCGCCGCCGGCCAGGCAGCGGAUUCGCUGCAGAAGCUGUCCCUGGAUCCCAAGAGCGAAGGUGGUAAGGCCCCUGAAUCGAAUGAGAAGGUGUCGGGAGCGCUGAAUGGUGUGGCGGCGUCUCCAAAUCCUCCAGUGGUGUCAGUGGAGCAGCGGGCAACUACGGUGCCACUGGAUUACAAGGACGCCGGCAUGUACUGUGGUGGUGCCUACCCUGGAGCUUAUUAUGGCGGAGGUUGGGGUGAUUAUUCUGUCUAUGUGAGCCAGGAUGGAGCGGAUGCACUUUCCUCUGGUGCUUAUGGGGACAUGUACUGGUAUCCUCAAUAUGGCGUUGCUGCAUCUGGACAUGAUGGUCAGAUUUAUGGAUCUCAGAACUACCAGUACCCAUCCACGUACUACCAGCCACAGACUACUGCCAGUAAGCCAGCGUACAAGGCUAAAACUGACAGAUCAGCUCCUUUAUUACAAGAUGUUUCUACUGCAACUGCUGCUGAUCAGCAGCCUGUCUUGGUGGACACUUCCAAAACCACUUUGGGCAGCAUUGAUGGUGUAAAAGGCCUGAAGAAGGUGUCUUUGCCUCUGAAACCAAAUGGGCAGCAGGGUAAUUACCAGAAUCAGGGUAGUAAAGCAGCUUAUCCGUGGUCUGGUGGCCGUACCACGUCGGAAAAGCAUAUGAAACUCUCUGGUAGCAGUCCUACAUCAACUGCUUCUAAUCAUAAUAACAAGGGUUUUCAUGGGCAGAACUCUCCGAUGGGGUCACCAUCUUCUAGAUCCAUGAGUUCAAUAUACUCCAGUAGCGGAAUGUACAACACAAACACAUACGGACCUAGCUUUUGGUAUGGGUCUCAUAUCUAUGGGCCUGGCCUAUAUGGUGGGUGGAAUGCAUUAUUUAAUGGAAAGUGCAAGCCAAGAGGGAAAACUUAUGGAUCUUAUGGUUUUGGCAAUGAAAACUUGGAUGGCUUGAAUGAGUUGAAGCGAGGACCAAGAGGUGGCCUCUUCAAAAACCAAAAGGACUCUGGAGCAGCUGUUGUGACUCCUGGAAAAGGACAAAAGCUUCCUGUUAGUGAUGUCUCUAUUGCUGUCGUGCAUGAUCAGUAUAAUCGUGCUGACUUCGUUGAAACCUACUCAGAUGCCAAGUUUUUUAUUAUUAAAUCAUACAGUGAGGAUGAUGUUCACAAGAGCAUCAAGUACAAUGUUUGGGCAAGCACCCCUAGCGGAAAUAAAAAGCUUGACGCUGCUUAUCUAGAGGCUAAGGAAAAAUCGAGCACUUCUCCUGUAUUCCUGUUCUUCUCUGUUAACACCAGCGGACAGUUUGUUGGUCUCGCUGAGAUGGUGGAUCGGGUUGAUUUUAGCAAGACAGUGGAAUACUGGCAGCAGGACAAGUGGACUGGUUGUUUCCCUAUCAAGUGGCACAUUGUGAAGGAUAUUCCUAACAGCUUGUUGAAGCACAUCAUUCUUGAGUAUAAUGAAAACAAACCAGUGACAAACAGCAGAGAUACACAGGAGGUUAAGCUUGAGCAAGGCCUUCAGGUGCUAAAGAUUUUCAAGGAUCAUGUCUUCAAUACAUCCAUCUUGGAUGACUUUGGCUUCUAUGAUAACCGUGAGAAGAUAAUGCAAGAGAGGAAAUCAAGGUGUCACCAACCGCUGGAGAAGAUCACGAAUAGAAGGUUUCUUACCCCCAACAGUGCUGAUAAUGAAGUUAUCGACAGGAAGCAGAGACUGCAGAAAUCUGAGGUCUUAGGGGAGCCAAAUGUUGUGGUGGAAAAUGGUGCGGUGGCAGUAGCUGCUAACAGUGUCGCCCCGAAAGAUCCUAACCUGGCAACCGAAGGGUUGACCGUUGCAAAUGGCUGUUAAUUUUUGCUACACCAGCCAUUUGAGCUUGGUGUAAGGAGACAGCUUAUGUGCUUCAGAAAGCUGCUGGUGUUCAAGCCAUUCAAGUUUCUCCUAUGUUUCUUCGAUUUUCCUUGCAAUGCUACUAGGUUGCAGAAGGGUGCAGGCUAAGCCACCAAGGCAAUUCAGUAUCCAACUAGGUUGUUUCUCUUGAUUUUGUUUCUUCUGUACCAUUUUCCCUCUGGUUGCGUCUGGGAGUUGGUUUGGUUGGUAUGAGAUGGAGAGUCGUUUUUUGUUCCGGCAAGGGGUGCUGUAUUUUUGUUGUCAUUUAAGGGUUUCGCAGUGAAUGAUAGUUAUUUUGGGAUGGAUGUUUUCUUUUA